AUGGUUAACUUCAUUACUCCUCCGAUCUUGUCAGAGCUGCUUCCAGCUUUCCUGGCACAUAUUCCCACCGCCUUCACAUCCCCGCAACCUCCACCAUCUCUCUUCCCUAUUUUGUCCCCAAUUCUUCGCCAACGAAUUCGACUCCUUGCUCCUGCUCGCAACUCGAGCUCUAGUGUCGAAGAGACCUGGCUCGCUCUUUUGACAUGGUCUGCUACAGCAGGGCCCAAACUCUCUGCGCAUUUGGCAACACAAGAAUUCAUUCCCCAUCCAUCAUCUGGUGAGCUUGAGGUUGGCGAAACAAGUUUGAAAGGAUUCCAUCGACAAGAUAAAGAAACCAUAAGGGCAUGUGCAGAACUUUUGGAGCUUGAUGUAGAAGUCACCUACAUUUGGAUUGGAAACGAUCCAGAUGGCGAGGAUGAUGGUUGGAAAAUCCAAGAUGUCCGACUCACGGAAGAUUCUGAAAACCAAAAAUGGUACGCAUCGGUCGGUGAAGCUGAUCAGGCCUUCUAUGAUCAAUCCGAUGCCUACAAGUCUCCAGUGGUACCGUCGGCAUCCUUUGCUACUGCCUCACAACAGGCACCCGUAGCAAAUGAGAGCGAGGGCGAGGGUGAGGAUGAUGAUUAUUGGGAUAUGUAUGACCGCACCCCUGCACGUACCCCAAUGGUCCCGCAAAAAACAGAUAUGCCAUCUGAGGAUUCAUAUUACGCAAGAUAUGGAGAUGUACAGCCGGCCCUUGAACCCGAACUUACUUCGGCUGAAUCUUCCAACCCAAUCACAAUGCCUUUAAACUCACAAUCAUAUUCCCCAUUGUCAACGACUACUGCGAAUACAGCAUCAACGACCCCUCCAAUGGUACUCUCGUCGUCAUUCCUAUCGAAUAAAGAUGAAAACACUUCAGUAACACAUGCGCCCCGACCUAUAUCUGUUGCGUCCUCCUCCUCAUCAACCAGAAACUCGAUUACAAAGUUAGAGGAGAGUGCGGCAGUACAAGUGCAGAGUGAGCUUGGGGUCAAGCAACACAUUUCAAGCACAAUCAAAAGUCUUUACCGGUUGUCCAAGGCUGCAGGUAUUCAGAGGGACGAGUUUGAGAGGAUGUUACAGACUGAAGUUGCAGUACUUGCCAUGAUGGAUGAUGGAGACGAUUCCCAGACAUGGUAG